CAUACAGAUGCGCAUGGCAGUCCUGGCUUCUCUCAUCUCCACCCCGCGAUGACCCGCCCCUCGCUGCUGAACGCACAGACGCACGCGCUCCUCACGCUGCUCAACCUCAACAACCCGCCGCCGGCAAACCCGGCGGCGGCCGGCCCGUUCCCCCGCCCGUCCUCCCCCGGCGCCCCGUUCGACGACGCCGCCCAGCCGCCCCUCGUGUGGAAGGUGCUGAUCCUCGACGACGCCAGCCAGGACGUGCUCGCCACCACGCUGCGCGUCCAGGACCUCCGGGAGCAGGGCGUCACUCUCCACAUGCAGCUGCACUCGGCGCGGCCGCCACUCGCCGAUGUGCCUGCCGUCUACUUUGUCUCGCCGACGCUCUCCAACAUCCGCCGCAUCGCCGAAGACCUCAACCCGCCCUUAUACGCCUCCUACUACCUCGCCUUCACCUCUUCCCUGCCCCGCUCGUUGCUCGAGGAGCUCGCAUCUCUCAUCUUGUCCAACGACCCUUCCGGACAGACCGGCCAGCUCAUCGCCAGCGUCACGGACCAGUUUUUGGACUUUGUCGUCCCCUCACCGAAUAUGUUCUCCCUCUUGCCAAGGAGAGAGCUCAGGCAGGAUGCCGACGGCGCGGCAGGGAAAGGAAAGAAGGGGAAGGAUGUCAGGGAGGAAUGGGUGGAAGGGCGGGGAAGUUACGUGGUUCUCAACGACCCGAGAGCGACAGAGGUUGAUAUUGAAGAAGAGGUUGGACGUAUUGCCAACGGACUGUUCAGCGUGAUCACCACCAUGAACAUGACGCCUAUCAUCAGGUGUCCGCGAGGUAAUGCGGCAGAGAUGGUCGCUCGUCGUUUAGAUGCCAAGCUGCGCGACCAUAUCGCAUCAACCUCUUCCCGCAAUACACGCGAUGCAUACACUGUCGAUGCUCUCCAGCGUCCCCUCCUCGCGAUUAUGGACCGAAACAUUGACCUCAUCCCCAUGCUCUCCCACUCUUGGACAUACCAAGCUCUCGUGUCCGACGUGCUCGACAUGAAACUCAACAGAGUCACCGUCUCUUCCCCCGAAAACGGUCGUCUCACAAAAAAAUCUUACGAUAUCGAUUCCAAAGAUUUCUUCUGGGCCAAAAACGCGGGCAACCCUUUCCCAGCCGUGGCGGAAGAUAUCGACACUGAUCUGAGCAAGUACAAGACGGAUGCGGCUGAAAUCACGAGGUCAACAGGGAUAAGCGAUGUCAAUGACGUUUCCCAAAUCGACUUUACAUCCAACACUGCAAACUUGAAAACCGCCAUUACCGCUUUACCCGAACUCACCGCGCGCAAACAGAUUCUCGAUACGCACAUGAACAUUGCCACCGCAUUGUUACAAUCCAUCAAAGAACGUGGACUGGACAACUUGUUCCAAGUCGAGGAAACAGCGAGCAAACAGACAAAAGCUACCAUCCUCUCCGUCCUGAACGGCGCUACCGACGAGCCGGGGCAAACUGCCUCCCCUUCCCCGCUCGACCAACUCCGCUUGGUCAUCAUCUACUUUCUCUCCACCCAAGAUGGGGCGCUUUCAAAGGAGGAUAUGAAGGAGCUCGAGGGCGUGUUAAAGGAGCACGGGGCGGAUACGCGCGCAUUGGAAUAUGUGAAGAAAGUGAGGGAUAUUCAUCGCAUGUCCACGUUGGCGGUCCAGCCGGCCGUGGCGGCCCAGAGUCAGUCGGGAGGUGGAGGUGAAUGGACAAGAGGGUUCAGUGCGCUUGGUAACCGUAUCACGGAUAGAUUAAGAGAAGGCGGUAUCCCAACCGUAGGGCUCGACAACCUCAUCUCUGGCGUCAAAUCCUUCCUCCCCGCACGGAAAGACCUCACCCUAACCCGGCUGGUGGAAGCGCUCAUGGAUCCGGCAUCGGCGUCUAGUCAAGCAUUGCAGGAUACGGAUGAUUACCUGUUCUUCGAUCCGAAAACGUCUCGCGCGAGACCCGGUCAUGCAGGUGGUGGUGGCGGUGGAGGUGGUGGCGGUGCCGGUGCCGGUGGCGGGGGAGCAGGCGGACCAGGGGGAGGAAGAAGUCAGUUUAGUGAAGGGUUGGUGUUCGUAGUAGGAGGAGGAGGUUAUGUCGAGUAUGGCAAUCUGAUGGAUUGGGCGAAUAGGUCGGGAGGCGGUGGGAGAGAUGGCGGCGGCGGUGGAGCAGGUGCCGGCGGAGGAGCGGGGGCGCAAGGGGUAACGGGACAAGGAGGAAGGAAAGUGACGUAUGGCAGUACGGAGAUUUUGAAUCCCGAAAAGUUUUUAAAGAGUCUGGAAGAGCUGGGGAGUGUCUAGCUGUAGGAUUUUUAUGGAGUUCUUAGAUGGGGACCAUUGAUGGAUGUGCAUGAAUAAAAAAU